AUGGUGUUUGGCUGGGGAGAAUCCCAUGAAGCUCAAAAACAGGUCUAUGGCAAUGAGCAUGAUCCCAAAUUCUCGCAUGAGCUCCUCGCUGGCGCUGCUUCCUUUGAGGGGUUCAAGCUGUUCGAGGACCAUCAGCGCAAGAAAGGCAAGUCUACACUUGAGUUUCCAUUCAAAAGCAUGACUGCUAAUGCGGCGUUCCGCGAAGGGAAACAAAUGUCCCAUCAAUUUGCGAAGGAACUGCUAGCCGGCUUUGUUGGAGCCGAAAUGGACAAAAUGGCCCAGAAGCGGAAGAUGGAUCCCCAGCAACAUGAAGACGCGAGGAGAUAUGCCCAGUAUAAUGCGGAGCAGCUGUAUGACCAGCACUAUGUCCAGGGCCAAGGGGCAGGCCAGUACGAUCCGUAUCAGUAUACCGCACCGCCGCCAUUUUGCUUAGAAAUCGGGGCUGGACCAAGCGGGGUGCUGAAUAAUCCGCCCCUCGAUCGCCUACAAAUAUCUCAAGGCUUCAUCAUCUUGCGUUUUGGCACUGCAAUGGAUCAAUCCGCAUAUUCCACUUACCCCCCGGAACUCUCCUCGGAACAAAAGAAAUAUCUAGUUACCACAGUCAAAGACUGGACGAUACAACAUGGCUUGGCUGUUAGACCGUCUCCGGAUGUAGUAUCAAACGCGUCAGAUGCCAAUUCUGUCCUGGCGACCAAUGCGCCUGUGACUUUGUUCCCUAGUCUCUUCCCAAAAUCCUGCUAUGACUCUGCGGUUUCGGUACAGACCGUUUAUAACGAAUUGUAUGCUGCAAUCACUGCCGAUGAAGCCUGGCUAGGAGAGAUUAUUGAAAACCUCGUCGACGUCGACGAUUUUGUUGCCAAUUUAUGGAAAGUCCACAAGGCGGUGAAACAAGAGGGUUAUGUCCAAUCGCUAUCGGUAGGCCUUUUCAGGUCAGACUAUAUGCUCCAUACCCCAGAGGGAAGCAAUGAACAAUCUCUCAAACAAGUGGAGUUCAACACCAUCUCGUCUUCGUUUGGCGGGCUAUCAUGCCUCGUGAGCAGAAUGCACUCGAAUCUUUUAUCUUCUCCACCGGGAACUCCAAUUGCAUAUCCAUCGCACCAAUCCCUGAAAGAGGGUGCUAUUCCAGAAAAUACAGCUAUUGUGACCCUGGCAGCGGGGCUUGCUGCCGCCCAUGAAGCAUACGGAAGCUCCAAGUCAUCCUCACCACUCCCGCUGUGCAUCCUCUUUAUUGUCCAGGAUGGAGAACGAAAUUUGUUCGACCAGCUCGAACUCUCAAGUCGUCUUACUGAGUUUCACAAGAUACCCGUAUUUCGCGUAAUCAGCUCAGACGUCCUCAGGUUGACCGCUAUUCCCCAGGGAAACCACUCUCGCCCACUAAUAUACACGCCACCGCAUGCUCCUUCGGUCCAGUUUGAAGCAACCACCAUCUAUCUUCGAAGUUUCUACGGACCAAAAGACUACCCAGAUGAAAGCGCAUGGCAGGCGCGUGCACAUCUCGAACGCUCAGCAGCAAUCAAAUGCCCGACGAUCCUCAAUCAAUUGUCGGGAUGCAAAAAGGUCCAACAAGUGCUCGCUCAGCCCACCGGGCCUGACCAUUUGUCUCGAUUCCUUCCCCAUAUCGACCCCCAAAUCAUCAAGCAGUUGCGCGAUACAUUUGCGCCACAAUACGAUCUCUCCUCUCCCGGUCAAGGAAGAGACCUUGCCCUCAACCCAACGACCGCAGCAACUCACGUCCUCAAGCCCCAGCGUGAAGGCGGCGGGAACAACAUCUACCGCAAUGCUAUUCCCGGAUAUCUGCGGUCCAUGCCCGAAAGGGACUGGAAAGGGUGGAUUUUAAUGGAGCUCAUCCAGCCACCAAAUUCAACAAGGAACAUUGCACUCCGUAGCGAUGGUGAGGUGCUGACAGGCAAUGUUGUUGGCGAACUGGGUAUUUUUGGGACAAUACUAUGGGACAAUGCUAAUGGAAAGGUCUUGCGAAAUGAACAGGGAGGCUGGUUGAUGAGGACCAAGGCCCAGGAUAGUGAUGAGGGAGGUGUUGCGGCGGGCUUUUCUUCGCUCGAUAGUAUCCUCCUUAUUUAG